CUCAUGUUACAUAGCACAUUCCUCCUCAAACCUCCACCAUCCUCCUGCAACGUGUUCAGACCUUUGUUCUCACACUUUGGAGGCUUUGCAACCGGAGAAACUUUAGGAAAAUCUGAAUAACUGAACAAUGUGACUUUGCGUGCAUCUCGCGUGUGCGUUGGUUCAGUUACGCGAAAGGAAUAACAUGCAGGAAUAACAACGGGGUGUUUGGAUGUGGAGCGCACAGGAACGAAGAUGAUGUGGCGCUAGAUGCGGUGCACGAGCAGAUAAAGCACACACAGUCUAUUACAAGGGUGUUUGUGAUGGCUCUAAAACUGUGGCUGAAAUUCAGACUGAAACGUUGCUCUGUGGUGGCCUUCCUGUCCCUCUUCACUUUGUCAGUGAUGAUAUACACCCUUCCUUCCUCCCCAUCUGACCGGAGCGACUUGCACCCAUGGGCCACCCGAAAUAACAAACCCAGCAGGCUGUUGGUGAGGCGCUCGCUGAGACCUCAUCUUCCAUUACACACCAAGAGUGAAGUGAAGGACUCCACCAAGCAUCUUCUGAUGGUCAACCAUCAGCAACUAUCAUUUUCUUCUGGGAAAACAGCGGAGGAAAACAGCAACAAGCCAACCAUCCAUCUUCUCCGCUCCAGACUUGACCCGGCAUUGCCUCAGUCUGCCAAAAUGCAAAGCCUCCACCCAAACAGCACGGCAUGCAGGCACAAAUGCGCUCCAGAUGGGGCCGAAGCAAAGAGGCUCGCGGGGCGAGUGGUAAAACUAAAACAGGUGCCUAGAGAGGAAGGAACAAGAGAAAGACUUUUUGAGAAGAAAGCGCCUCAGUCUGGGAUGAGAGCGCCUUUUACUAACUGGUGUAAGUCUGUACCCGAUGAGACUGAAUUUAAAGACUGGAAAGCCGAGUCUCUGCCCUGGUUCAGCGAUGAUGAUGUGCAAAAGAUGAAGUUGCUCUCCAGAGGUGUCGUGAUGAGUAAAAGCAGGCUUUCAGGUCACGGACAAGUACUUCAGGUUGGAUUAAAUAGCACCUUCGCAGGAGCCGAACAUAUCAAACAUUGCCAGACAGGUGGCUGUGCUCUCAUCAAACGUCCCGGUGACUGGUUUGAGGUAUUUGCUUUUCACCUAGACAGAGUUCUGGGUCUGAAUCGGAGUCUGCCUGUAGUCUUGAGGACCUUUCACGGUGAGAUUCUUCCAUACAAGUACACCAACGGCUCUCCCAGACCUGUGGUUUGGUGGGAUCCCAGCAUCCAGCACCUCUCUGAUGCUGACAAUGACCAAAACUCUUUCUCGCUCACCUGGCCACAAUAUCAGACGGUACUGCAGAGCAGAUGUGGUUCUCAGGUGCCUUUAAACUUUACCAACUGUGUGGGAGUGCAUCACUCAGAAUGGGGACGACUGGCUUUGUUUGACUUUCUGCUGCAGGUCAAUGACAGACUGGACCGGCACUGUUGUGGAUUCACACCAGAUCCAUCAGAAUUAUGUGUAGAAAACCUGCUGCAUGUCAAAUGUAGAAACCCAAAGGACUUAAAUCUUGUGCACAUCCUGGUUCGUAAGACAGAACCAUCCAGACUGGUCUUUAUUGACAAUGCAGGAAGACCUUAUCAACCACAGGACAACCUUAACUUCAGACUGGUUGAAGGCAUUGAUGAGUUUCCAGAGAGGGCCGUUUCAGUGCUGAUGUCAGGAUGUCUGGAGAAGGUGCUCCUGCGUUCCCUGUUUUCAGAUCGGGAAUUCUGGGUGAGCAGAGGAGGAGUGUCUGGACUUAAAUCUCUUUUACACAAUGUGGGGCAAAGAGCCAAGGUCCUGCUGCAGCAUAUUCAAGAGAAAAAACUGAGACUUAACAGAGACCUAUGACCAUGAAAAUCAUAUUGUCAACAAUCCAUUACUAAAUUCUCAGUAGACUAUAGAAAUCCUUUAUUUGUAUUGUUUUGAAUAUAUGUAUGUGGAUGAAAGUGUUUGGUUUGCUGUUUAGAAGACAGUUAUGAGAGGAGGCGUUGUGUUUGAAUUUCUGGGUCAGUUUUGUUAAUUAAGGCUGACAAACCUUAACCUUAUGAGAUGCUAUUGAUGUCUAAGAAAAGAGAUUCCAGAUGGCCAUUUGCAAAUGAGAAGUCAUCCAGGGGUCUGUAACUGUGCAGAGACUUCAGAGUCGCUAACCAGACAUGAUGUGUUAGUCACAGACGACAAGCAAUUUGUCUGCUC